AAACAAUAAAAAUCCCCGUACUAAUUUGUAAUGGAAGUGGUUAUGAUUUCCAUCAUCUUAUGCAAGAAAUAGCAAAAGUGACAAAUGAAAAAAUAGUGCCGAUAGCAAAUAAUUCAGAACAAUAUAUUACUUUCUCGGUUAGUCAACUUCAAUUUAUUGAUAGUUUGAAAUUUUCAUUAUCUGGUUUAGCUAAGAUGGCAGAAAACUUACGUGAUGAAAAGAAGUGCCAAACUAAAGCACCAGAACAAUUAGCAAAAUGUUUUCCAAUUAUGUCAAAAUUCAUUUAUUAUCUUUGCUUACAC